UCCCCAGCUCUCAGAGCACAGGCAGGCAGCAUGCAGAAGACCCCCGUCUCCUCUCCACCGCCCCGUCCUGCUGGACCCACCGUGGCCCCGACCCAGCUCUGCUCCCCCUGAGGGAUCACACCGCCACCCCGCCUCCCGGGACACGCGCUGCUGUGACGGCACUGCCCGCCGGUGGGCCGCGGCCAGCCCCGGCUAUCUUUAUCGCUCACUUCAUCGGGACGCCCGGGGAGAAAUAAAUAACGCUGUCGGGAGGCAAGGACAGGGGGCUUUCCCCAGCCUGCCCUCACGCUGAUGGAUUUGGACUGACUUUCUGACCAAGCCAUUGUGUGUUUGGGAGAUUUUUUUUUUAGCUUUUAUGCUUCCUCUUGCUUGUUUUGAUAGUUUUUUUCUGAUUACAUUACACAAAGCUCCUUUUCAAAGCGUUGGUGAACACAAGUGCCUGUGGAUCAGUGUGCUCUGCAGAGAUCCCACAUCUUCCAGGAUGUGCUCUAUGGGCGUAGUACAUCAGUGGAGCCUGGCUGUGUUCCUGCUGGUUUCCCCGUUGACCCUGGACGGCAGACCCAUGGAUGUUCCCAGCAACAGGACGAGGCGAUCGGUGAGCCACACCCAGCUCAUGCACGACAAGGGCCGGUCCCUGCAGGAGUUCAAGCGCCGCAUGUGGCUGCAGGAGCUGCUGGACGAGGUCCACACCGCAGACGCCUCCAUCCCCCCCUUCCAGGGCUCCCCAAACAGUGGCCCCGGUGGUGGUAGUGCUGGUGGUGGAGGUGGUGGACCUGCUGGUGGUGGUGGAGGAGGUGGUGGUGGUGGUGGUGGAGCCGUGCACCAGAAGCCCCCGGGAGGAACCAAGAACCUGCCGGUGAGGUUCAGGACUCUGGACCCAGAGGGGGACGCCAACCUGCCCCAGGAGACCAACAAGGUCCUGGCCUACAAGGACCAGCCGCUCAAGGCAGCCACCAAGAGGAAGAAGAAGGUCCGACUGGGCCGGCGGAAAGAGAGCGAGAAGAAGAGGAAGCGGGCGCGGCGGGCUGUCGCGGCGACGGAGGCUCCGCACACGAGGGUCAACCGGGCCUCAUAGCUCCGCCCCCCCAUCCCUCUGGUCCUGAAGCCAUAAGACCCCAGCCCUAGCGUCUGCGUCCCCCCGUCCCAGACCUCACGGCCUCUGGUUCUGAAGCUCAAUCAGACUGAGACUCAGGAGCACAAUGAGAACCAUUUCAGACACCCAUGAGUGACUUAGUUCGUUAUUUCUGUUUCUUUGGUCCUGGGCAUUGCUUGUAUGAUUAUAAUCAGUCACUCCCGCGAAUGUAUUUCGUCACUAUAACAACUGUCAUAAAACAAAGUGUGUUUUCGUCUUUUAAGAUUCAUAUUUAUUCAAGUGGAGUCGACCCAUCAACGCAGACAUUCACCCCACAAAAAAAGUAGGAAAAUAAGAUUUGUUUGUCUGUCGUCUGUGUCAUCAUCUGUAAUACCAAAGAUAUUUAUUGUCUGUGCUGUACAUAGUGUAAUUAUUGAUGAUUGAGACUCUGGGGAGUUUGGACUUUGCUGGACCUAUGAUUGGUUGCUAUUUUUAACACACUCUCAAGCUGGACUGUUUGCUGACCACAUCUGUUGGAAUUGUUCUUCCAUAAUUUAUUUAGGUAGGCCUAUUUAUUGUGUUUUUGUGAAUGUAUCGUGGUGCUGCUGACUGAAUUCCAUAAUGCACUUUAGGUAUAUCCUGUACAUGACUUCAUGUAAUUGGUUUUUCAUUUUCUCUUCCUUUGAGGUUUAUGUUGUGUGCUAUUUUGUUGUUGUUGGUUGUUUUCUAUUUCCCAAUGCAUAUUUAUGGCGUAUUGAAUGCUUUAUCAAAUCUCCAAUCAUUUAUACCUUUAUAGUCUAUUUUUAUACUUAUGCCAAAGUCAAGGUAUUUUCUGACUCCUAAUUUUCUUCACUUGCACUGAGGACAUCAUAUACACAUUGACCACAUAGCAAACAUUAAAACUGUAGCCGCUAGAAACGCUUGCCUCUUGUUGUAUCUGUCGUCUGCUGCGUUUGGGUUAAUACAAG